UAAAUGAUGUAUAGAUUUGUGUUACAGAAAUCUGUUACAGUGACAGGUGUUAGGUAUUGUAGUCACAUUUCCCAUGUAUCAUCAGACCGGGUCUGGAUCAGUUAUGGUAACAAUCUCAUCUUGACAAACACAGCAGGUGAUAAACUACAUCAUCUGACAGGUAUAGGUAGUGGUUAUGGAGUACACACAGUGACAGGUGACGGUGAUUUAAUUUAUAUAGACAGUGAGUUUAACAUCAACAAACUGUCUAUAGAUAACAAAGUAAAGUGUACAUUAAUAAAGUACAACACAGCACCAUGGGAACCAGUGUGUGUCUACAGCUCCCCCUCCUCUGGAGACCUGCUGGUCGGGAUGAGGAAUACUAAUACAGAUACAAGCAAGUUAGUGUGGUAUAAAGGGAAGUUAGUGCGGUAUAACUCCACAGGACAACACAUCCAGACCAUACAGCAUGACCGCCACACAGGUGAAGAACUGUAUAGAUGGCCUAUAUACAUCACAGAGAGCAGUAAUGGAGAUGUUAUUGUGUCUGACUUUCACAGUGAUGCUGUAGUGGUGACAGAUUGGGGAGGAAGACAUCGCUUCUACACAGGACGCCCAUCGGGAUCACGACUAUUACCACGUGGGAUCUGUACAGACGUGCUGUCACACAUCCUGGUGUGUGAUUUUAAAACCCAAACAGUACAGAUGAUUGAGUCUAAUGGUAACUUCCUGUCACAAUUAAAGACGCCACCACACGGGAUAGACUCACCAUGGGGCCUGAGUUAUGAUGAUAGAACAUGCCUACUGUGGGUAGGGUCAGACGACGACACAGUAAACAUAUACAGAGUGGUAGGUGGACACUCUCUAACUGGCUUUCCCUUUGAGUGCAUCAAAUGCAAAAAGCAUCCCAGAAGUCCCCUGGAGCAGUUCUGUACCCCAUGUGGUGUUCCCUUGUGUGUGGAGUGUACCAGCUCUGAGGAUCACAGCAGACAUGAGCUUAAAUAUAUAGAGGACUUGUUUCACAACAUUCACAGGAUAGAAGGUGGAAAUGCAUUCUUGAUGUGCCUUCUUCUUUCCAAUUCUUACAAAAUUAACAUGAGAGAAGGAAAAUGGAUAAACAAGUACAAUGCUGUUGCCGAAAGUUUUCAGUCCAAGGAAAUCACUAAGCCAUUUACUCUUGAAGACUUAGAAAAAUACAAACCAGUUCUGAAAUUCAAUGAAUCAGAGGUUAGGUUCUCUUCUGAUGUCUUCAAAGAUAUCAGUUUCCUCAAAUUCUCUAGGAAUUCAAAAUUUGUGGAUAUCUUCCUGACUCAGGCAGAGAAAGGAAAUAUAGCUGAGUACUGCAGAUCAUGGAUUUACCCUCCAAAAGAGAAUGAAGUCUUUUGCUGGUUAUUGCCAAAACAAACAGAGCAAUUGAUAGAAAGACUUGGAGAGGACAUUUUCAAGCACCCAACAAUGGAGGACCCAACAGUACAUGAUUUGGCGUUCAGCAAGUUCGGAAUACCAAUGCAGGUUAUUUUGAGGGGAGACAAAUCUGUGAUGAAUUUUAUCCAGAAUUUAAAGAAAGGGAAGACAACCAUGUACCAUGCCUCUGGAAUGAUAAUAGGGUGUGCUGGUAGUGGUAAAACAACAUUGUUAGAGAGACUAAAGGGGAUUGACCUGGAAGAAAUAAAGGAAAAUAUCAGUUCAACCAGGGGAGUCGACAUCCACACAGAUGUUUUUGAUGUGACAGAUAGCAUCCAAGUAAAUUCUUCGAGCCAGCAGCAACGCUUUAAGAUUAGUUUUGAGGAAACAAACCAACAGCUUAGUGAUCCUGAAAAUCCUGUGGAAGAAGCCAUUGAUGUGGAAAUGUUGGAUAUAGUAGAGCCAUUGGAUAGUGGAGGUUCUACUGCAGAGGCAUCAUAUCGUGGACAGAUGUCCCAUGAUGAAACCAACAUUCAAAGUACCUCAUCAUAUAAACAGAUCUUUGCUACAUCUAAUGGAAGGGAAGCCAUUGAAGGUAAUCAAGAUUUCCCUAGUAGUUCAGAACUUUCUGGAAUAUUACAGAUAGUUACAAAAGACCUUUCAGAUGAUCCUGAUAAAAAAGUUACCAUGACUGACUUUGCGGGACAGUGUGCAUAUUAUGCCUCACACCAGAUUUUUCUGAGUCCACGAGCAUUCUUCAUUCUGGUGCUCAAUAUGGAAAAAGAGUUCGAUGAUAAGGUUGGAGAAGAAGUUUGUAGACAGGAAAGCUCAAUAUACAAGGGAUGGACACACAGAGAUUACCUUGAAUUCUGGAUGAAGUCCAUUCAUCAAUACAGCAGUGAUAAGGCUCCUGUCAUCCUGGUUGGCACACACAGUGAAAACAAAACAGAAAAGGAGAAAAUGCUGUUCUUUCGACAAAUAUGGAAAAUUUUAGAAAUGAGGGAGAAAACGUUACACAAACAUCUUGAUGUGAAGAGGCAAUUUGCAAUUGGAUUCCAUGACAAUGAAAGUAUCAAAAAAAUCAAACUGUCAAUUCUUGAUGUUGUUCGCAAACUUGAUCACUGGGGUGAAGAGCUUCCACAAUCUUGGGCUAUGUUUGAAAAAUUCUUUCAGGAAAAGAAAAAUGUCAAGAUUUUGAACAAAGCUGAACUUCAGAGAUUCAAUGAUGCAUUGCCAGAGGGAAUAAAGCUCCAGACUGUAGAAGAUAUAAAUGUUAUGCUGCAGUUCUUCCAUGACAGUAGAGAAAUUUUACACUUUGAUCAAGAAUUCCUCAAUGUUGUAAUUAUUCUUGAUGUUCAAUGGUUUGCAGAUGCAUUUAAAAAUGUUAUAACAGAUGAAAACCAUGCAAAGGAGGAUUUGUUUCACCUUGCCUCAGAGUGGGACAAGUUCAACGAAGCCGGAGAGUUACAAGACACUUUGCUGUCUGCUAUAUGGAGGAUGAACAACAAUGGUUACAUUGAUCACAAAGAUGAUAUCAUGCUGUACAUGGAGAAGUUAGGACUCUUAGCUAAAUUGAGUGACAAAAAAUGGUACGUUCCCUGUAUGAACAAAAUACCAUUUCGUAUGGAAUACUUUUCAUCGUACACUGCCUCAUCCAUCAUUUGUUACAGCUUUGAUCUUCUUCCUGCCGGCCUUUUCCAUCGUCUUAUAGCAACUUGCAUUCAGAUUCCUUGGGAGAUUUUUUCUGAUGGAGACCAGAAAUGUAUUUAUCAAACAGCGGCUGUAUUCAUGUAUCAGGACAUGCACCAUAAUAUUCUGCUUGGAAUGACACAGACAGAAAUUCAGUUGCAAGUGUUUGUUGUGGAGGGAGAAGUUGAUGUUUCAAUUUGUCACCAGAUUAGAGAAAACAUAGAGGGUAUGUUACACAAACUUUCCAACACAUUCGAGGAGAACUCCAAAUUCCAUGUUGCGUUCAAGUGUAAACCUACUGGAUUUUGUGAUAGCAAAGAAAGCACUGUCAUCAGUGAAUGUAAGUUUAUCAGAGACACUUUUCUGUGUCCAUCCUGCCCGGCAAACAAGAAGCAUCCUGUCAACACAAACAACAUCACAAAAUAUUGGAUACAGAUAAAGACGAGUGCUGCCAGCGCUACAGUUACCUCUGGACAAGACCUAGGAGGCCGAUCUAGAUUUGCCAAACUUGGAAUGGCAACAAAUGAUGUGUUAAUUCAGGCAUGUAGAGAUAUGCUAGAGUUUGAGGUACCACCUUCCCACAUUGAAAACAAAGUGAAAUCAUCACAAAUCAAAAUAAACAAAGAUCAAAAGGAUCUCGUGCAAAAAGCUAAAAGUUCUGGUUAUAAGAGUUUUGAUAUUUCAUUAACAUACACCUUGAUAAGAAACAUUUGUUCAACUAUCCCUAAACCGACAAAAGGAACCUGGGGAGGAAACAGUAUGCCUGCUGCAGGAGAAACUACGGUGGGUGAUGACAUCGAGAGAAUUAGGUUAAUCCGAAACAAUUUGACUGCGCAUGUGAGUUCAGCCUCCACCCCUCAGACAGAAUUCGAUGACACCUGGUCAAUGAUGUCAGAUAUCUGCAAAAGACUUGAAACCUUCACUGGAAAGAAAUACUUGGAUAACCUUAAUUACAUUCAAAAACUGACCUUAAAAGAGGAAGAUGAAGAUGCUAUUAUAGAAAAGGUUAAAAUAGAAAGUCAGCAUGAAAUGGUGAAGGCAAUCAUGUCGGAUGUGCAAGAAAUGUGGUCUGAUAUGAAAGACAUUAAAGCAGCAGUAGGGAGGCUUGAAAGCCAGCAUGCUUCCAAUUAAAAGUAGAAAUCAUAGAAUGUUUUCUUGAAUACUUGAAUAAUAACAUGUGUGUAAUUUAAAUUGAUAGACCAAUCAGAUUAAAAAUGAUUUUAUGUGACAAUAUGUUUGAAGAAUAAGUUAAAUAUAUCUGAAAUUUUAAUUUAGAAGCCUCCAAUGAACUAAAACUAUAAAAAAAAAUAAUGUUUUCUGGAAUCAGUAUUGAGGCCUGAAAGCAAGCAUGCUUCAAAUUAUGGGUAUUUCUCAUAAAAUGUUAUAUUCACCUGUGUAUAAAUUUAAAGAAUUUUUGAACUCGGUAAAAUUUCGAUAAUUUUGCAAGUGUUUGUAGGAUUUGAUAAUUAUAAUUUACAUGUUUUUGUUUUGAACUUGAUCCAAGCUCCAGAUGAUUUGGUGGUUUCAUAUUAAAAUCAUAAUUAAGAAGCAAAUGUUUAUUACGAAUAUUGUUUUCUUAGACAUAAACUUGCACUUAAUUUAGGCACCUUUUUCAGCUCCUCCAAGUCUUUUUUAUUUAAACAUUUUGGAUUUCCUUCGUUUCGGCUUGAGCAUCACUGAAGAGACAUGAUUUGUCGAAAUGCGCAUCUGGUGCAUCAAAAUUGGUACCGUAUAUGAUUUACAUGAAGGUCAUUUUCAUGUAGUAGGAAGUGAAUGGUGUUGAAAUGUCAAACAUUGAAAUGCUUCACUCUACAAAGACGAAGUCGAGAUGAGCCUAUGCUAUUACGUCUGCGUUAGCGUCGGCGUCCCGGUUUAAGUUUUAGGAGGAGGUCCAUUCCCAAUAACUAUAAGCCCUACCUGGACCAAACUUACAUGGAUGAUGCAUCUAGGGUUGGACACUACUACACUUGCUUCGGAUGCUGGAUCCAACCUAGAUUUUCCACAUGAAUGAAUUUUAGCCAUAUUUAAACCAAAAUUAGCAUGGAUGAUAUAUCUAGGGAUAGACACUUCCAGACUUGCUUUGGAUUCUGAAUCUGACCUUCAUUUUUGAGAUGAGUAACCAGGGUAUAAUUGUUUGGUGUAGGUAUAUAAUAUUAUGGCCUGUUAUGAUUAAACUUGCAUAGAUGGUGCAUCUUCCAGACUUGCUUUGGAUG